AUCGAAUACAACAGUUUGAGUCACAUGCUCGGUUAUGCGUUACCAUAUUGUUAUUAUUUCGGUUAAUGGGCAGUUAUACGAUUUGCAUACAAUACAUUUUCCUUCUGCCUGAUAAUAGUAUUAAUUAGAAUUAAUAAAAUAAUAUUGAAUUAUUCAGUUGGUAGUGAGUGUUUACGUUCAGUGGUUUUUUUAUAAUUUAGUGGAAUAUCGCACAUAUGGAAACAACACCAUUAUUGAGAAAUGAUAGUGAAGAUGAGUACAAGACCUAAGAAGUAUGUGUAGAAAUGAAGAAAUGUGAUGUACGUCACCACUCUGAGAGUGAGACUCGAGAUCGUACUGCAAAUGACAGAGAUCCCUUGAUUAAGGGUCCGAUUGUCUUACCUGAGGAUCCUCACGAUAAUUUGAAUUUAUCUUGCGGCAUUUGCACGAUGUUUCCGUCGUGCAUGUCGAUACUGCCAAGACGCAAUGAGCCUCGGCCCCCAAGACCGGGACAAACGCCCGUGGUCCUCAAUGUAUACGACAUGUAUUGGACGAAUUGGUAUACAGCCGGUGCUGGGGUGGGUGUAUUUCACAGUGGGGUCCAAGUACACGGUUCGGAAUGGGCGUAUGGGGGCCAUCCGUACGCGUUCACGGGCGUGUUUGAGAUAACACCACGCGACGAGCGGGAAUUGGGCGAACAAUUUCGUUUCAGACAAAGUGUACAUAUAGGAUAUACAGACUUCAGUGAAGAGGAAGUACGGAGGCUUGUUACUGAACUAGGCAAGCAAUUCCGGGGUGACAGGUAUCAUCUAAUGAACAAUAAUUGUAAUCACUUCACAUCUGCCUUUUGUUUGGCCUUAUGUGAUAAAGACAUCCCGUCGUGGGUGAAUCGCCUCGCGUAUGUCAGCUCCUGCGUGCCCUUCUUACAGAGGUGUUUGCCCAAGGAAUGGCUGACGCCGGCCGCGUUGCAACAGUCGCUUGCCGUGCACUCGCGCUCUUCGUCGCCCACCACGCCGCAAUAGCACCACGAGGACCUGCAUUGAUGCAGACAGACAGACAAAAGUGUUGUGCGUUUUAGUGUUAAGUUUUAGUUAACAAUAACUUUGGCGCAUUGUCGACAUGUACUUCGUCAUCGAUGCGUUGUUUUGUAUAGGAAUAUAUUACUAAAAAGUUAAUUGAUGCGCAUUUAAGUUAAUGUGCGUUUGUCAGGCACAGAAGUCUGCAGGAACACAAGAUGCAGACAUCGGAUGUUGAGAUGUAGCGAUAUUCUUAUUUGAUAAGUAUGCAGUCUAUAAUUAAAAACUAAAAAUCAACUCCAUUUACGUCAAAAUUAUUGUAUAGAACAGUGUUUCCUAGCCUUUAUUGUGACAUGCUCGCCUCAGCAUACUUAAAACUUGUAUAACAACAUAAUUUUGAAUAUUAAAAAAUUUAAUUGUUCACGUAACAAACGUUAAUGUUGAGUUUAAGGAAGAAAUUACUAGGAAUUUGUUGAAGAAUAUGUAAGUUUUCAAAAUAUAAUGAAAAACUGAUAUUCAAAUGACAAAUAAUUUUAGUAAAGAUUUUUCUAUGUAAUUACAUUUGAUAUUUUAUGAGUGGUCUCGUUGGGAAACACUGGUAUAGAAACUUUUUGCAUUACUAUAGAGAGCGUUCAAGUAUUACGUCACGCAAUUUUUGGAGAUUAUUGGACCCCCCCCCCCCCCAUGUAACGCGCC